CUGUACUCGAUCGUGUGGAGACCAUUGAUUUCCCAGGGACCGUUCAACAGUGCCAGAUCGAAAUCGCAGAAAAUGGCCCCCGAAUUGAGAAAAAGAACCAGAUCGGCUACGGCUUCGGCCGAGAAGCCUGCGGCGAAGAAGACGGCCAAGGUCGAGAAGGUUGAGAAGGUCGAGCCCGAGAAAGUGACCAAGAAGAAGACGACCAAGGUCGAGAAGGUCGAGAAGGCCGAGAAGGCCGAGAAGGUUGAAAAGAUCGAGAAGCUCGAGAAGGCACCUAAGCGCAAAGCACCCGAGGAGGCUCAGGCGUCUCCUGUCGCCGCGAAGAAGCAGAAGCCUGUCAAGGCGAGCGCGAAGUCGAAGAAGUCGAAACCUGAACCCGUCGAGGAGGCCGAGCCCGAGACGACCGAGGCCGCCGAGGAGUCUGUUGUCGCCCUGGACGAUGCCGCCGAUUCGGACGAGGAGGUUGAUGCCGACAUCCAAGCUCUCGCCGCCGGCCUCGACUCCGACGCUGAGAAGACGCCGGCCGGCAACGGAACCUUCAAGGAGGGCAUGGACGUUGGCAAGGUUCCGAAGCACGCCAAGAAGCAGAAGCAGUUGACGAACGGCAAGAAGGAGGAGCCCGGUAUCGUCUUCAUCUCGAGACUGCCCCACGGUUUCUACGAGCACGAGCUGAAGGGCUACUUUUCACAAUUCGGCCCCAUCAACCGCCUGAGACUGGCGCGCAACAAGAAGACGGGCGCCAGCAAGCACUAUGCCUUCCUCGAGUUCGCCGAGGAGAGCACGGCCGAGAUCGUCUCCAAGACCAUGGACAGCUACCUGUUGUUCGGCCACAUCCUCAAGGUCAAGACGGUCCCCCGCGACCAGCUGCACGAGGACGUCUGGAAGGGCGCCAACAAGCGCUUCAAGAAGAUCCCGUGGUCCAAGAUCGCCGCUGGCGAGGUCGCGAAGCCGCGGACCGAGUCGAACUGGACGCACAAGGUGUCCAGGGAGGAGAAGAAGAGGCUGGAGCGCGCCCAGAAGCUCAAGGAGAUCGGGUACGAGUUCGAGGCCCCCAAGCUGAAGGAGGCCGUCGCACCGCCCCCGGAGCCGAUGGUAGUCGACGCCCCGGAGGAGCCCAAGGCGGUUGAGGCCGCGCCUGUCGAGGAGAAGCCUGUGGAGGAGGCUGCCGCGGAGGAGGAGGAGUCCGCGGAAGCUGAGAAGCCCAAGGCGGCCAAGCCCAAGGCGAAGAAGGGUGGCCGGAGAAAGUCCAAGGCCUAGAGUAGAGGUCUCUAAUGAUAUCCCCUCGUCACGAAGUCUCUCUCUUUCUCUCUGUACCAGGAAACAAGUAUUGGUCUGCAUAGGGUAUUCAACAGGAGUCAAGUAGAAUCAAAAUACGGAUGUGUGUAUGUGUAUAUGUAUAUAUUCAACUAAUCAAGCAUGAUGGUCAUAGCAUGUACGCACAUAGCGAACCCGUCGCACCCAUCUGAAAUUCAUGAGAAUUUGGGCAAGCACCGGGAUUAUAAAAGGCGGGUGUCACUCUACUUCAGCGUCAAAAAUGAACAAGUCAAUGGGGGGAAAUGCGCUUGCUCGAGUGAUAUUUCAGCGAAGGGGAAAAUAUGUGAAGAACAAAGAAAGAAAAGAAAAAAAUUCCAAACGGAGCCGAAGCCUCUUGAAG